CCGGUCCCACCCCCAGCUACAACGCCGAGCAGGAAGGGCUUGUCUCCUGAGCAGCGGCGGAAAGGGACGACUGAGCUGGGAAGGCGGGCGCGGAGCGCUGGCGGGGGCAGGAGGGGCAGCCAUGCUCUUGUCUGGGGGUAGACCCCCGGCGCAGGAAUGGUUCAUGGUGCAGUCAGAAUCAAAGGCUCGGGUACACCGGCAGCGGCUCCAGGUCCAGCGCAUCUUCAGGGUCAAGGUGAAUGCCUUCCAGAGCCGCCCCGACACCCCCUACUUCUGGCUGCGGCUGGAGGGGCCUCCGGAGAAUACCGGCAAAGCCAAGGAAUAUCUGAAGGGUCUGUGCAGGCCAGAGCUGUGGAAGGAGGUCCGCUAUCCACCGGUCCUGCACUGUGCCUUCCUUGGGGCACAAGGCUUGUUCCUGGACUGCCUCUGCUGGAGUACUCUGGCUUACCUGGUGCCUGGUCCCCGUGGCUCCCUGAUGGUGGGUGGGCUGACUGAGUCUGUCACCAUGACACAGAACUGGCUGGAGGAGCUGGUGGCCCGGCUGUGCUGGGGGUCUGUCCCUAUGGUCACCCCCCGGGGGGAUUGGGAGACAGAGGUGACCCGGGCCUUUGGGGCCCUGGUGUGGAUCUGUGGUGACAAGUAUGCCGGAGACCUGCUGCAGCUUCCCCCCACAGUCCAGGAGCUGCUCCUCCGCCUGGUCCGAGAUGCCGCUGGCAAGGAAGACAUCAUCGAGUGGCUGGGCCGCUCUGGCAUCUCCAGUACCUGCUCCAUCCCAGAGGUGCUGAUCUCCCCUGCCCAGCAGCAGAAGGAAGGCUCAUCCCUGGGGACCAUAGGAGAGAGCCCUGAACCCUUCCUAGAGAUAGGAACCUUCGAUCAGGCUUCAGAAAAUUCAAAGAGGUUAACUAGUGUGGGAGCAGCUGGAUCCCUGAUGCCAGCCCGGAGCACUGAGCUGGAGACAGAAUGCCAGCUAGUACAGAUCCGUUCCAACAAGCAAGGUGAGGUGAACCGUGCUCAAGAGGAAGGGCCCAUUGUGCAGGCCAUCAGCAGCCAGGACUCCACAAAUCCCACACAAGCCCUCUUGCCGCGAAGGCAGGUACAGAGGAUGGAAGAUAGAAGAAUCUCAUUGCAGUCACCCGUGUCGGCUUUGAGUGUGUGUCCAUCCUGGAAGUCCCGGGCCCCGAGGCCAGCCUUUGGGCUGUUGUGGCCAGGGACCAUUGCAGCGACUUUCAGGAAGAUCAAUGAGCUACAUUCCCUUCACCUGGCCUGGCUCCUAUCCCAGGCUUGCUUCAGUUUGCCGUUCUGGCAGAGAUCCAUGGGCCCCAUUCAGCUGAGGCUGCCAGGACCGAGUCCUCUGCCCUUACACCUGGAGUGGAAACCGAAAGAGCUGACUCCUCUUCCCAGUAUAGAAAACCAGCCUUGUGGAGAAGAUGGGGAGCUAGAAAGGGAGACAGCCCUAGAGCAUAACCCGAGGCCAGAGGACCCCCCAGAAGCCGUCUGUUUAUCGGUGGUGCCAGUGGAUUGUGCCAUCAAAGAGGCUGUUAGCUCAGGACUUCCACAAGCAGGGCCAUCCUUGACAUCUAAACCCCAGGAUGCAGUCGAGCAGGAAGAUGAAAGAAGUGCGCCGUCGGAUUGCAGAGGCCUAGAGAAGUUGUCCUCGUCUGCACUGCCCAACGAGCAGAGGGGACCCGCAGCUCAAGAGAGGCCAGUGGCUCUAGCGGGGAUGACAGGCCAGUCAGCACCCAAAGCUCCAACCGUGUCUGAAACUCUUGAAAUGCCCGUGGCUACAGCAGUGUCCAAAGCUGAACACCCACCCGCUGCCGAGGAAGGGCUGCCUGCUGCUCCCAAAGGGCUUCCAGCCCUAAAGAAGUCAGCAGUGUACGCGGAGCCUCCAGCUCCCACAGUGCCUCCAGCGCCACCAACAUCAGCAGUUCCUGUGGCACCCACAGCCCAAAAACCAACGGAGGGUCAGCCAGCAGCUCCCGUGGCACCCACAGCCCAACAUGCAGCAGCGGAUCAACCAGCAGCUCCCAUGGCACUCACAGCCCAACAUGCAGCAGCGGAUCAUCCAGCAGCUCCUGCGGCACCCACAGCCCAAAAAGCAGUGGUGGGUCAACCAGCAGCUCCCGUGGCACUCACAGCCCAACAUGCAGCAGCGGAUCAACCAGCUGCUCCCGCGGCACCCACAGCCCAAAAAGCAGCGGCGGUGGGUCAUCCAGCAGCUCCUGUGGCACCCACAGCCCAAAAACCAACGGAGGGUCAACCAGCAGCUCCCGUGGCACUCACAGCCCAAAAAGCAGCAGCGGCGGCGGCGGCGGCGGCGGCGGCGGCGGUGGCAGCGGUGGCAGCGGCGGCGGCGGCGGCGGCGGGUCAACCAGCAACUCCUGCGGCACCCACAACUCCCCAGACUCCUACAGCUCAGAACAUGCCUGCAGUCAAAACCCCUGCAGGUCCCCAAAUCCCCAAAGUUCAAACUGGAAAUGCUGCUAAAGCAGGUUCUGCGACUCCCAACACACCCUCGACCACCAAAGCACCCGGAGCUUCUAAAGCCUCGGGAGCAUCUAAAAAGUCUGCAGCCCAGACGGGGUCCACAGUUGCAGGACCGGCCUCGGAUGCAGCCAAACUCCUGAGUGAGGCCCAGGCUUCAAAGAGUAGAGCUGCCACGCCGCCGCCGCCGAAGGGCCAGGGAAAGGCUGGAAGGCAGGCGCUGCAGGACAGUAGCCCCGUGGCCUCCGGAAAUAAACAUCAGUUCCUGAAGGAAGGAAUUCUUGGGGCUUGGGAGGAAGCCCAGAGGCAGUCACCUCACCACCCACAGGCCAGCAGCACAGUGACCAGCUUCCAGAGGUACCACGAGGCCUUGGACACACCCUUCGAGUUGAACUUGUCCAGCGAGCCUGGGAAUCCGGGGCUGCGGAGAGUGGUCAUCGAUGGCAGCAGCGUGGCCAUGGUGCACGGCCUCCAGCACUUCUUCUCUUGUCGGGGCAUCGCCAUGGCGGUGCAGUAUUUCUGGAAUCGAGGACACCGAGAGGUCACCGUGUUUGUGCCCACCUGGCAGCUGAAGAAGACCCGGAGGGUGAGAGAGAGCCACUUUCUGACGCAGCUCCACGCACUCAAGAUGCUUUCAAUCACUCCCUCCCAGCUGGAAAAUGGCAAGAAGAUCACCACCUAUGAUUACAGGUUCAUGGUAAAGCUGGCAGAGGAGACAGACGGAAUCAUCCUCACUAACGAGCAGAUUCACAUCCUAAUGAAUAAUUCCAAGAAAGUGAUGAUCAGAGAUCGCCUGCUGCCGUUCACCUUUGCGGGGAAUCUCUUCAUGGUACCAGAUGACCCCCUGGGCCGUGAUGGCCCCACCUUGGAUGAAUUUCUGAAGAAGCCGAACAGGUUGGACAUGGACAUCGGCAACUUCUUGAAGGUGUGGAAGACCCUUCCUCCCAGCUCAGCCAGUAUCUCAGAGCUGAGUGAUGAUGCUGAUCCUGAGCCGUUGGUGGCUCCACAGAAUGGGGAAGCCGUCAGGGAGAAGAGGGAGGAAAGCCUGGACGAGGAGCUGAUGGAGGAGCCAGAACUAUCAAAGCCUGAGGAGCAAGAUGACCACGGCUCUUCCCUGGGGUCGGCGUUUGGAGUCGAAUGCCUUGCCUUUCCUGAGGAAAUCCUCCGGUGUCUCAGCCUGCAUGACCCCUCUAAGGGGGCUUUAGACAUUGACCUUCUGCCAGUGGUAUCCUCCCCCUACCUGGAUGUCCCCUGGGAUGGAAAGGCUCCCUCUCAACAAGUUCUCGCCCAGCUUGCUCAGCUCACCAUCCCUAGCAACUUCACCGCCCUGUCUUUUUUUAUGGGCUUUAUGGAUUCCCACCGGGAUGCGAUUCCUGACUAUGAAGCCCUCGUGGGUCCCCUGCACAGCCUCUUCAAGCAGAAGCCAGACUGGCAGUGGAACCAGGAGCACGAGAAGGCCUUCCUGGCCCUGAAACGGGCCUUAGUGUCCGCCCUCUGCCUGUCAACCCCCAACUCCCAUCUGCCCUUCUACCUGGAAGUGACCGUCAGCCAGGUGUCACUGACGGCCAUCCUGCAGCAGGAACACUCUGGAAGGAAGCACUCCAUCGCCUAUACUUCGAAACCUCUCCUCCCCGAUGAGGACAGUGAGGGUCCUCAGUCAGGCGGGGACAGCCCCUAUGCUGUGGCUUGGGCCCUCAAACACUUCUCCCAGUGCAUUGGAGACAACCCAGUGGUUCUGCGUCUUUCCUAUGCCGCCCGGACCACGGCGGACAAUGAGGCGUGGGAAAGCCGUCGGGUUUCCAAAGCCUGGUUGAUUCGAUGGUCUCUCUUGGUGCAGGACAAAGGCAAGCGGGAAUUGGAACUGGCCCUUCUCCAGGGCCUGCUGGGGGAAAACCAGCUGCUGACACCGGCUGCCUCGAUGCCUCGUGUUUUCCAGCUUCUGCCUCCUUUGACUGACCUGUCUACUUUUAUCUGCAUCCAUAUAUCUGGCUAUUGCUUCUACCGUGACGACGAGCUGUGUGCUGGCUUUGGUCUCUACAUCUUGUCUCCCACCAGCCCCCCGGUCUCGCUCACCUUUUCCUGUUCCCCUUAUACACUCACCUAUGCCCACCUGGCAGCUGUGGCCUGUGGCCUAGAGCGCUUUGGCCAGCCCCACCAGCCGGUGGUUUUCCUCACCCACUGCAACUGGAUCUUCAGCGUCCUCUGGGAGCUCCUGCCACUCUGGAAAGCCCGGGGCUUCCUCUCAUCCGACGGGGCUUCGCUACCUCAUCCAAGCUUGCUCUCCUAUAUUCUGUCUCUCACUUCCGGCUUCUCAUCCCUUCCCUUUAUCUACCGCACCUCUUAUCGGGGCUCUCUGUUUGCUGUGGCAGUGGAUAAUUUGGCCAAGCAGGGUGCCCAAGGGGGCGGGCAGUGGUGGGAUUUGCCGAAGGAUGUGCCAGCACCCAUGGUGACCCCCCAUACUAAAGGCAGGAAGCCUAACUUGCUGUCCUUACAGCUGAGCGACAGCACCUUGGCUGAUAUCAUCACCAAGCUGCAGACGGGGCAGAAAUUGCCCGGGUCGUCGCCGUUCAGUUCCGCCUUUCAUUCCCUCAGCCUCGACAAAGACACUGGCCUGCUUAUGUUCAAGGGGGAAAAGCAUCCCAGGGUCUGGGUAGUCCCAAGGCAACUUCGGAGGGAGCUGAUUUUUUCUGUGCAUGACAUCCCCUUGGGGGGGCACCAGAGGCUGGAGGAGACUUACAAGAAGUUGCGCUUGCUGGGAUGGUGGCCGGGGAUCAAGGAGCACGUGAGGGAUUAUUGCAGGAGCUGUUUGUUUUGCACUCCCCGUAAUCUCGUAGGUGGUGAGUUGAAAGUAAUUGAGUCUCCGUUGCCUCUCAAGUCAACGGCUCCCUGGUCAAGUCUGCAGAUCGAGGUGGUGGGUCCGGUCUUUGCGAGUGAGGAGGGUCAUAAGCACGUGCUCAUUGUGGCAGAUGCCAAUACCCGGUGGGUGGAGGCGUUCCCUCUGAAGCCCUAUACGCACAUGGCUGUGGCCCAGGUGCUACUGCAGCACGUGUUUGCAAGAUGGGGUGUGCCCCUAAGGCUGGAGGCAGCCCAAGGUCCCCAGUUUGCCCGGCAUGUCCUGGUGAGCUGUGGGCUGGCCCUGGGAGCCCAGGUGACCACGCUGAGUAGGACCCUCCAGUUCCCCUGUUGGAUGAGUUCCGAGGCCUACUGGGAAUUCAAGAGGGCCCUGAAGGAGUUCAUCUUCCUGCAUGGCAAAAAGUGGGCAAGCUCCCUUCCCUUACUGCACCUGGCCUUCAGGGCCUCCACCCCAGAUACCACCCCAUACCGGGUCCUGACUGGGGAUGAGACGAGGCUGACGGAGCCCUUGUGGUGGGAGCUGAGUGGUGCAAACAUUGAAGGGCUCAAGAUGGAUGGUUUCUUGCUGCGGCUGAUGCGGGAGCUCUUGGACCUCCACUGGCGGGUGGCGGAAACAGCAAGUGAAAAAGCUGAGAACAGACGUCUCAAGAGGGAGACCCAGGAGAAGGAGUGGAAUGUGGGUGACCAGGUCCUCUUGUUGUCUCUCCCCAAGAACGGCAGCAGUGCCAAAUGGGUGGGUCCCUUCUAUAUCGGGGACCGGUUGAGCCUAUCCCUCUAUCGGGUGUGGGGUUUCCCGACCCCAGAGAAGCUGGGGUGUGUCUAUCCUAGCAGUCUAAUGAAGGGCUUUGUCAACAGUGACACAGCCCUGCCCCUCAACGAGCCCCUCAACGACUUGGAGCAGUGAGGUGGAGCUCUCUGCUCCAGGGGUCCUGGGUUUCCGCUGCUAGGGCCUCCCUCUGCUCUAAGAAAUGCUCUUAGCUCUUUGGGGGCCCUCGGUUGUGCCUUUUGUGGAGAAGUUGCUUCAUAAAGCUUUGCUGAACUGCCUUGACCUUGGGAUGAAUGUCCCUAUGGAAACAUCCCCAGCUUAGGGUUUUUGGAAACCUUGCCAAAGGUUGUCAUAUGUGGGCUCUGGCAGUUUUUACACUUGGGAGCAGAAAGUCUCCUUACUAAUGUAGGCCAGGCUCACAGUCUUCCCCAAGUGACGUCUUGUCCCUUCAUACACAUGUAGGCGUAUAUUGGUGUGUGCACCCCUCCCCCCAGUAUCUUAAACCUGGUAUACUUAAUAGUGUGGAUCUGAACUUCACAGUGGGUACCACCGCUCGCUCUCAUGUGAGGGCCUCCUCUUACACUAUGGGUUUGGUGAGCCUUUGCCCUUGGAGUUUUCAGUGGCACAGACCCAUGCUGGCAGCGGAGUGGCGGGGGUGAGGUGGGGGUGUGGGUGUGGGGUGCGGGACACACACACAGCGGCUCUCCAGUCAGCUUCCUUUGCCUUCUCAGCUGUCAAGAAAGGGUUUUAGCCUUCGUGUGCCUCCAGGACGAUGGCACCUACCUGUGUAAGGGGAAGGGAGGGUGGCCUACCUCAUUUGAUUCCAGUUAAGGGAGACGACGGCCGCCCCCUGCUGUGAUGGUGAUCACCUCACAGAAAUCACCGACCUCGGUGCCAAGUGUGGCACCUCCACCAGAAGAGCUGCUUCUAUUAGGUCAAGUGGUGCCCAGGCUUUGCUUGAAGAGGAGGGCAUUGGCAUGGGUAGUUUGACACGUGGCCAGGUGCUGGGUAGCUUUUACCUCUUAUUCUUCUCAUCCCCUCCCAAAGCCUACAGCCCUCUCCUGCCCGCAUGGUCCCCAUCUCCUUAGAUGCCUUUGUGUAGAGUUCCCUUAGAGCCAGCCGCGCCGUGGGCGCUCCCGCGUGGGCGCUCCCGCCGUGGGCGCUCCCGCCGUGGGCGCUCCCGCCGUGGGCGCUCCCGCCGUGGGCGCUCCCGCCGUGGGCGCUCCCGCCGUGGGCGCUCCCGCCGUGGGCGCUCCCGCCGUGGGCGCUCCCGCCGUGGGCGUGGGCCUCUCGUAGACAUGAGUGCUUCUCACCCUUCUGCAUGUCCACACUGCUGAGCUGUCAGUCUGCAGAGGAAGGCAGCACCUUGCCACUCGGGCUCAUUUCUUCAGGAGCCAGUCCAGUUUCCCAGCGCAGCGCAGGUCGCCAGACAGGACAUCGCCGAGUGCCGGGUCCAGAGAAGUUGCCAUUGAGUCCAGCUUGUUUCACGGCAGAGGAAUGAGGGCCACAGGGGGAAAUGACUUGUCCAAAGUCAUACCGCUGGGUGGUGGCUGAGGUGGGACCCGGACGAACCUUCCUGACUUCCAGUUCAUCACGGACAGGAGUUCUAGCAACAGGUUCAAGCGGGAGAAUCCUUCCAGGUUGUGGCCCUCCAUUCCCUUGGAUGCCAUUUCCCAACUUUUCUGGAUAAAUGACCUGGAUGCUGUUCUUCAGUCAAUCCAGCGGUCAACCCUGCCCAGGAUCGAACGCUGGGCGCCGCCCGAGUCGCUGGCGGGUUAGCUGUAGAGUUUUUUAGCAGGUACUGUAUUUCCUCACCUGGGCCUCUUUUCCCCCCUCUUCGUCUAGUGUGCCAGCCUCACUCUCCCACCCCAGGGCUGUAUUCAAACCCCUCUUCCUGUCAAGUACAGUUUUUAUCAUGUGCUCUUUCAAGUGAUUUUCAUUGUAUUUUUCAAUAAAUCAGUUAAAGUGGAACC